AUGAGUCAGGGAGGUAGUCGCCGCAAGGUGUAUGGCUUCAAGGCGGAGCGUCAAGCUUUCUUUUCAAAAAAUGUGCGCCAAACAUUCCUCGAGGAGGGACGGCGAAAGAAGGAUGAGGAGCGCGCUCGCAUGGAGGCUUACCGAAAGCUCUGCAAAGAGGAGGGGAUUGUGUCAAAGCGACUGGAAGACUACGACCGCACCCGCAAGUCUGCCACAGAGGAACUGAGCAGCAUUCUUAAGCAAGUCGACUAUGACCAGAGCCUUACAAACAACGAGAAGAAGAAACGCAAGUACAACCUGAAGCGCAAGUUUUCGGCGACGACAGUCAAUGACCUCAUCGACAAGAAGCAGAAGCACUACAAUGCUGUCUCUGGAAUGGAGGAGGUGCAGCGCAAGCGGCAGAAAGAGCGGGAGGAGAAGCAGCAGGCGCGGCUGGAGCGCGAGCAAGAAAAGAGGGCGUGUGUGCAAGCACGCAAGUCGCGCAACACACUCUUUGCUAAGCGGACCAAGAAGGGGCAGCCGGUCAUGUCAAGCCGUAUCGAAUCCCUGCUGCAGAAAAUCGGCAAGCAGUGA